CCAAAAGCGUCCUUAGCACCCAGAGGCAAAUGACAAUGUUUUUAAUUCAGGAGGGCCACAGUUGAAUGAAAAUAUACACCAGUAAAUCAUGGAAAUGUUGGAAAUUGAAUCUAUACUGAAUAAGGCUGUGCAACGGGGCUGUGAAAUCCUAAAUCUCAGUAAUCGGAAGAUGACAAUUUUACCCAGCAAUGUACAAAACCUUACAAAGAUAAAGAAGUUGAUGUUGAAUAACAACAAACUGGUGAUGCCUCCAUCAGAACUGACUGAACUGAAGACUCUUGAAGAGAUAACUUUGGACAACAACAAUUUGACAAUGUUGCCUUCGGGAUUAAGUAAUUUAAGUAAUCUGAAAUUUCUGAGUGUAUGUCACAAUCCUUUGAACUUUCUGAUGCCAGAUUUGUUUCAGCUGCAAUCCCUAACCCAGCUUUGGCUAGUCUGUUGUGAGUUUGUGAAUAUUCCUCAAGAAAUUGGUAACCUAGUCAGCCUUGAAACUUUAAGUUUGCGUGGGAAUAAGCUUGUGGAUAUUCCAAGUCAAUUUGGUGAUCUAACUAAAUUGCGCUGGUGUUGCCUAGCCGAUAACAGAAUAGACUCACUUCCAGAGAGUUUUGGCAAUAUACAGUCACUAGUGUACUUAGAUUUGAACAGAAAUUUGUUUAGCGGAAUACCAGAAUGUGUAACAAGAAUGAGUGAACUGCUCACUUUAUUGCUCAGAGAAAACCAGGUUGCCAGUAUGAGUGAUGACACCUUGUUAGCUCUUGCAAAACUAAACAAGUUGGACCUGAGAGACAACCUUUUCACAGAAAAACCUCCUCAUUGGAAGGGGCUGGACUACAUCAUGGUAGGAGUCACUGGGCUGGGAGGUUUGGAUGAAGAUUUAUCUGCAGAAACUGAAGAGGAGGAGUCGAGUGAAGAAGAAGAAGAUGAAGAUGAUACAGAGCAGGAUAAUGAAGAUAGUGAUAAUGAAGCAGUUGGUAUGAGUGCUAGUGACUUGAAGUCCAAAGGUGAUGUAGCAAGUAAUGUUGCUAAUAGUUGUAAUGGCGAUGCUGAUCUUGUGUGUUCAAAUACUGAUAUCACUGAUGAAUUUGCAAACAAGAAAGUCACUGACCAUGACAUAUCAAAAAGUGAACAUUUGCUUAACAAAGGUCAUGUGCAAGGACUAUCAAGAACUGUUACAGAUAAUGUUACAUGACAUUUCAUUGUAACCACCAUCAUUCAAACAAUAACACUGCUGAUUUCAAUCUGUGAUAGCUUGAUGAUUAUGUUUUACUGUUGAAAAAGAUACUUAACUAUGCAUUAAAAAAGGA